AUGCUAGAAUAUGAGAAACGGUACAAGAACACCGCAAGAGAGCCUAUUAAUUUGCAACUUCUCAAAGCAUCACGCUGCCUCUGGGUAGGACUAACCAGAGGGAAGGACUACCAAGUUCAAGUCAAGGCCGGAGCCGAAAAGUACCAAUCCAAUACAGCAAAGACAAAGACCUUGCCUACACUGUGGUGUAGUGUAGACCCUUCGCCACAUGCGUUCAGCAAGUAUCCCAAUAAUGAAGAAAGCAACCGUCAGAAAGCGACAGCUCGUGUAGCACAGCAAUCUCAACCCAUCCAUCAUAUAGACCAGUUAACUAUCACUAACGGAAACAAGGUACAGGAAUGGAUGAAGAAAUUUGACAGGCUUGGUGAGCGGAAGCUAACGUGUUAA